GCGUCGUAUAUGCAUAAUACCCACCAACCAGAUGUAGCGAUAUAAAAAGAAAUGCCCUCUUGAUAACUCAUUACUCGAUCGUCCUUGAAGACGCCAAGCACAGCCUUGUAUAACCCUUGAAACAGCCAACAACCAACACAAUGACUCGUUGACAGCCCACGCCACGAACAAACCGGCGCCGGAACCGGUGACUUUUACAGCAUGCGGCAGUCAAACGCUGGAUACUCACUGCUGCUUCAGUUUUCCGUUUUGACAUUGACAGAAUCGCAUCUGCGUUGAUCUAUCUGCAUUUCCACCAUGACGAUGCCGGCCGAUCAAGAGGAUGUCCCCUCUGUUGCUGAUCGGGUUGCGCCUCAACACGAUGGACCCUCUACAGAUGAAGUGCCUCCAAUGGAGCUCCAAGGCUUGAAGCUAUACGCGAUCCUGGUGGGCAUCUUCAUCGGCGCAUUGCUAAUGUCUCUCGAUGUCUUUGUGAUAUCUACGGCCCUUCCAUCCAUCAUCGCCGACUUCCACGAUACAGCCGGCAUGUCCUGGUAUCCCGCCGCCUACUCGCUCACUGUCUGCGCCAUCACGCCUCUCGUCGGCAAGAUUGCCACCGUUUUCCCACUGCGCUGGGUGUAUCAGUGCUUCUUCCUGGUCUUCGAGAUUGGCAGUGCGAUAUGCGGCUUUGCGCCGAAUAGCGCGUCCUUUAUCGCAGGCAGGGCUAUCGCAGGCAUCGGCGCUGCUGGUGUCGCCGGGGGUGGAUUCACAAUCGUGCUGAACAUCUCCUCGCCGAAGAAACGGCCGAUCAACAUGGCUCUCAUCAGCAGCUGCUUCGGGAUCGGACUCAUCCUGGGCCCCAUCGUCGGCGGUGCACUCACGCAACAGGCAACAUGGCGCUGGUGUUUCUGGAUGAAUCUGCCCCCUGGCGCUAUCACUCUGGCUGCGCUGUUCUUCUUCUUUCACCCACCCCCGAUGCAGCGCGUCGAGGGCCUUCUCAAACGGAUUCAGAGCCUGGAUCUGAUCGGAUGUGCCAUGUUUGUCCCGGCCAUCUUCAUGGCGCUGAUGGCGUUGCAGUGGGGGGACAGCUGGGGCUGGUCCUCGCCGACAAUCAUCGGGCUGUUUGUGGGCGCUGGCGUGCUGCUGUUGCUGUUUGCCGCGUGGGAGGUGUGGAUGGACGAUGACGCAAUGAUCCCCCCGGUGGCCCUGCGCCGGACAGUGACUAUCUGCGUGCUCUUCACCUUCUGCCAUAUGGGGAUGAUGACCAUCCAGUCGUACUAUCUUCCUCAAUGGUUCCAGGGCGUGCAAGGAGUCGGUGCACUCGACAGCGGCGUCCGCUUACUGCCAUCGGUGCUAUCGCAGAUCGUGGGAUCUCUCAUUUCCGGUGCUUUAGCGCCGCACAUCAAGUAUUACAACCCAUGGUUCUUCAUCGAGCCAGUCCUCAUCUGCAUCGCCGCCGGGAUGUAUACGCGAUUCACCGUGUCGACGCCGGCCAGCCACUGGAUUGGCUUCCAGGUACUCUACGGACUGGGCAUUGGCCCUGGGAUGCAAAUGCCAUCGCUGGCAGUGCAGCUGGCCCUGAAGGACUGGCCCAAGCUGGUGCCCAUCGGUGUCUCACUGCUCCUGUUUGCACAGUAUCUGGGCGCCACUGUUUUCCAGGUCAUCGGAGGCACCAUCUUCAACUUGUAUCUGAAGCGGCGACUCACAGACAUUGGAUUGAGUACAGAGCAGGUUUCUCUGCUCCUCACGUCAGGAACCUCGCAGGUUCGCCAGACAGCCGCCAAGUAUUUUCCUGACCUGCUCGAGCCUGUGCUAGAGGCGCUCAACUAUGCCGUCACCAGAACCUUUUUUGCUCCAGUUGUGGCAGGGGGGGUCGCCUUUCUGCUUGCGUUUGGCGUUGAGUGGAAUAGAAUCGAGAUAGCCAAGAAGCCCGAGGACGACAAAGAGAUGGGCAGCCAACUGCAGCAUCGUGACCAGCCCUCUACGUUCGAAUUAGCCCCGCUAGCAGGCGAGCCUCAGGCGUCUCAGGCAUCACUCGAUGCCGGUGAGAUGUUCGAAACUGCCAAGCGGAGAUCCAAUACGGAAAGCUGGAGCCCAGUCCGAUAGCAGACAAUCAAUGGAGCAGCAUUCUUCAGAUGAAGCGGUUAUUCCAGCUGAAGAGGGUAUUACUAUAUUGUUUGCCAAUCAGUUGGCCGUUCUUGACGCCGAGGUCGAACAACAUGUCGGACGGGAAAUGCCCGAAGAUGUGCGUCAGCUGGAAUGACCAAGGGGUAAAGGCAGUUUUCAGGUCAUAUUAAUCCCGGACUGAUAAAUCAGAAGAUAAGGCAGUGUGAUAAGGCAGUGUGAUUAAGUGAUUCUGCAGGUGAUAAUGCCGAGAUUCAGCUACAGUCAGAUUAUCAGUCUAUGCGUGAAUGUCUUGUAUCUUGAUAGUAUCAUAUUACCUUAAUGUGGACAUAUCGCACGGAAUAUAAACUGGCAGCAUGCCAUUGCCCGUUCUGACAAACUUUAAAGACAGGCUGGGCAUGAAUAACCAUCCCAUGAUAGAAUGACACCUCGAGUUAC